AUGGCGGACUGGCGACAAGAGUUUGUCACCGGUAUUCGGGACGCCGAGAAACAAUUCCCCUACGACCGAGAGCUUGUGGCCGCAUACUCUCAACUCGUCGACCGUGUAUCCGUCCUCGAAGCUGAAAAAGCAAGCGCCCAAGCGCAACAACAACCAUCCGGUACCUCGACUCCCAACCCCGCAUCAGCCGCCAAAUCCUCGCCAGCUCCAGCCUCACCCGCCCCUCAGGCUCCAGGGGCACCACCCACCGACGAUGGACCCCUCGUAGCCCGGCUCCGCCUCGAGCUCGCCGAAGCCCUCCGCGCCAAGGGUCAAUCCCAACAGCGCCUCCAAACCGCCGAAGACGAGCUCGCCCGGCUACGCAGCAAAGCGACGGCCGACACCAAGACCCUGCGCGACCUCACAGCCGAGCGCCGUACACUCGUCGUAAAGCUACGCGACCGCGACGAGGAGCUGCGUGUCAAGAAUAGGCUCGUGGCCGACGUGCAGGACGAGUUAGCAGUGCUCAACAUGCAGCUGGACAUGGUGGAGAAGCGGCGGGCUGAGAAGGAGGCCGAGAACAAGCAGCUGGUUGAGCGAUUCAUGAAGCGCGUCGGACAAGAGGCCGAGGCCAUGAAUCUAGCCAACGACCCGUUGUUCAGCAAGAAGCGGUGA